AUGAGCUCAUCUGAUGGUGAAGAAGAAGAAAGUAAAGACACAAUAAUUCCACUUGAAAAUGUUUAUUCUCUAGUUCAAGACAGUCAAUCUCUUGAGCCAUUGCUUUGACAACAGUUUUAUGAUAGAUUAGAAUGAUUCGGUGAGAUUCCGAUAGUAAGUUCUGGUGCUUCAGGGCUAGUUAUUGUAGCACUUCAUGGUGCUGGAGGAUCCUCAAUGACAUUUGCUAUAAUAGCCAAGCUAUUGCGUGAAAAUUACCACUUUUUUUCUUUUGAUUUCGGCUGUCAUGGGAUAAAUAGGAAAACUGAUGAAGAAAAGUUAGAUGUAGACUCAUUGGUAAAUGAAGCUUUAUCUGUACUUAAUUAUAUUCGACAGCAGAACCCUGAUUCAAAAAUCAUAAUUAUAGGCCACAGCAUGGGUGGUGCUAUUGCUUCGAAAGCAGCGUUAUUAUAUCAAGCCCAAGGAUAUAAAGUUUCUGGGAUAAUUCUUAUUGAUAUGGUCGAAGGAAGAGCUUUUGAAGCUUUUUCAAAUAAUGAAGCAAGGAUUAAUAGAAUGCCUAAGUCGUUUGAUUUAAUAAAAGAUGCUGUAUUGUGGUCAUUGGAAUCUCAAGUAUUAAAAAAUGUUGAGAGUGCAAGAAUAUCGAUACCUUCACAAUUAAUUGAAAUAAAUGGAAAAUGAGAAUGAAAAGUUGAUCUAUUGAAAACUAGGAAAUUUUGAGAAGGGUGGUUCAGUGGCAUGAAUGGAGCUUGCUUAGCAGUUGAUGCACCGAAAUUACUUAUUAUGAGCAAUUCUGAUAGAUUGGAUGAUCAAAUGACCUAUGCUUGGCACCAAGGAAAAAUUAAGCAUAGGAUAAUUAAUUAUGUAGGGCACUGGAUUCAUGAAGACUCACCUAUAAAAUUUGUAGAGGAAUUGGAUAGAUUCUUUUCGAUGUUUAAGUUUAAAUAG